AUGGCGCUUGCCCUUCGCUUUGCUGAGGAGGGAGAAUUCCGAUCUCGUGCAUGUGAUACAUUGUCGUAUGAUGCUCCUGAUGUUCCCCCAAGCAAAGUUUUCUUCCGCUGGAGUCGACCCGUACGUGAGCAUUUAGGAUCUUUAGCGAACGAUCCUGUCAAGACCAAAACGGUGAUUAUUGCCAUGCCUGGAGCAUCUCAACAAUUCGUGCAGCACUUGACUGCCAAUUGGAUUCCAGUUGGGACUCUCGUGACAAGCGAUCAAAUUAUUCAUCCAUGGAAACUACAGCCUGGAAGCUCAAGUAAAGCUUCUAUGCUGUUAUCGCGCACGAAGGAAGAAAUAGUCGACACGUUAGUGAUGUUAUUGGGAUCAGAUGUUCCCGUGGCAUCGACGUGGAAUUGGCUUAAAAGUCUCUUGCAGCAUGUUGCUCCACAUGAUAUUGUGUGUCUAGACUCUCAAUUAUCGACAAUAUAUUCAAAUGAUGGCGAAGAAGAAGCAAAGUUAAGAAUGUUGGCAUCAUCUUGUGUGACGAAAGAGACAAUAACAAAAAUGGCUAUACAACCGCUUGAAAUUCCACAAUUCGUGAGUGGAAUACCAGCAGCUUUACUGACUCAUGGAGAACUUCGUAAAUGUCGUGUACAAGUAUUUCUCAGUCUUCGUAAUGUCUCGUGUACUCCAAUUGAUGUAAUUGAAAGCUUUCAACCGCUUCUGACCUCAAUAUUUCAAGACAUGAAGUCAUCAAGAUCUUGGCAACGUGAUACAUUAUCAAAUGUUCUCUUGUUCUUAACUUGUCGUGUGUUUGAUCAAAUGGCUCGUCAAGAGAAAGCAAGACCCGAACGUCAAUUCGAUACUCGUUUCUUACCUGACGAUGGAAUUCCAGAAUAUAAUGCUUUGUUUGAUAAUCAAUUAGGAACAAGACGUAAGUAUUUACUUGGUAAUCGAGAAGCAUUAGCGCUUAUGCAACAAACUGGAGUGAUUGAUCAUAUUGAAGCGAAAGAAAAGAGUUCACAUCAAUAUAUUGUACAUAUAACUGAAAAGAAAGGUAUUGGUAGACGUAAGCGAUUACCAUUCCGAUCAACUUCGAACGCAAUAAAUGGAUUAAUACAAUCAAAUAGUGAUCUGAGUACAUCGGCAAAAAGUACUAUCAUGAGUGGAGAAGAUAUUGGGCACAAUAAUAUUGAAGAACAAGAGACUUGUGGUAAAUCAGUAUGCAAAACAAGAGAAAGAAAGUUUGAAAUGGUAACCACUGUACCCUCUCACAAACGUCGUCAUGAUGUACGCACAAUUUCAUGUACGAUGAAUCGAAAAUUGGAAUCGUACAAACAUGAUGUUACGAGUAGAAAUAUUAAAGGAACAUUGGAACAUUUACUUGAAAGUGAUGCUGCAUUUCUAUCUCAAAUUCAAACAAUGAACGACCAACUUGUUGAGUUUGAAAAGACUCGAAUGUUUCUAAUGACUGAAAUUCAUCACUUACGACAGAAAUUACGUGGUGUGAAUGCUGUACGUGAAAAUGAUGAAGCAGUGGCUCAUUGUUCAUCUAUUAUGCAACAUCGAAUUAUUAAAGCAGAAGAAGAAUAUAUGAAACUACUUACACAACAACAAGAAAUGAAAAAACAGGUUGAUCGUAUACGACAUGAAGUAUUAACAUUACGAAAAGUACGACAGAAAUUACAAGAGGAUAGUGAACAAAUUCGACAAUUGAAUCAAAUGUACGAUGAAAAGAUUCAAGGUUUUCAAAAUGUACGCACACAAUUACUUGAAGAAUGUCAUGAUCUUGAACAUCGUAGUGGAAAUAAAGUUGAGAUCCAAGAACAAGUUUUAGCAUCAAAAGUAAAUUAUGUUGUCGAUGUUGCGAAGUUGAUGGAUGCAGUAAAAGCACGAAAUAAAGGACGAAGACGUGGAAAAGGAUUGGGAUCUCAACAAUCAACUGCAGCUUUGACAUUAAGUGUAGGAAAAGGAAAAAAAGUCGGAAUUGAACGACAAAAGACAUGGAUGAAUUACACUUGUGCAUUUCACAAUUUACAAGCAACUUUAAACAUUGCGGAUGUUCGUACAUUUGAAGAACAAUUUCUCGCAACUCAAGAACAUUUACUUUCCAAGUUUCAAGCAAAUUUAACAUUAGGAGAUGAAAUUACAGCUCUUGAAAACGAAAUCUCUCGUUUAGAAACUCACAAUGCAAUAACUUGUGCAAAUACACGAGAAGAUACAAAGACAAGUGAAAAGAUUGAACAGGAUCUUCAAACGCGUGUACAAAAAGCGUUUUUAAGUAUCAAGUCGUAUAAUCAACUUCGAACACGUCGGAAUCGGGAACAUCUUAAGUUGCGCGAAGUAAUUUUACGAGCAUUGGAUACUUUACAAGUUGAGAUAUACAAUACAACGAAUGUACCAACAUCCAACUUAUUGGAACUUUUACAAUCGAAAAUGACCGAAUUGGUCACUUUAGUAAAGGAAAAUUACAUGAGUUCAUCCAAAUGGGAUCAAACUCGAACUUUUUCGAUUGUUUUGGGUCCUCAAGCACCAGCUGGAUCAGCAUUAACAGCAAUUCGUCGUACUGUUCAACCACCUUCUGUUGAAAGUGCGAUUGCAUUGACUGAAAAUAUUAGUUUUAUUGAUGUGAUGCAUGGAUUACAUCGUGCUGUGAGUCCAAAACAAAGACGAGAACGAUCAAUAUCGUUAGCAACGUCUCAUUUAAACAAAAGCAACUAA